AUGUCGGACACAGAGAGCAGCGGAGGGACGGGUGAUAGGCUUGCCAGAAUCACCAUAAUACUCACGGGUGUCGCGUCCCUGGUGGCAACAUUGAUAUCUUUUCUGUCGAUAUGGCUCCAGACGAAGAAUUACAGGAAGCCCCUGCUUCAACGAUAUGUAAUAAGAAUACUGAUUAUGGUACCAAUCUACGCAGCUGCAUCGUGGAGUUCCAUUGUGUCUUUGAAGGCGGCGUUCUACCUUGACCCCCUUCGCGAUAUAUAUGAAGCAUUCACCAUAUACACCUUUCUUCAGCUCUUGGUCAAUUUCCUUGGAGGUGAACGCUCCUUGAUCAUUAUGAUGCACGGGAGGCCACCCGUGUCUCAUCCUUGGCCCAUCAAUCUUUACUUCUCCAAGGUUGAUAUCUCGGAUCCGUAUACCUUUCUCGCCAUUAAACGAGGCAUCCUACAAUACACGUGGCUGAAGCCAAUUCUUAGUGUCCUCACGAUCAUUCUGAAGCUGACUGGAACCUAUCAUGAAGGAUACAUCGCCUUGAACUCGGGAUACUUGUGGAUUGGAAUUGUCUACAAUGUCAGUGUCACUUUGAGUUUGUACUCUCUGGCCAUGUUCUGGGUCUGCAUGCACCAGGAUCUCAAACCUUUCCGGCCGAUGCCGAAAUUCCUCUGUAUUAAACUCAUCAUUUUCGCCUCAUACUGGCAGGGUUUCUUUCUCUCGAUUCUGCAGUUUUUGGGAGCUAUCCCUAACGACGUCCCCGGCUAUACAUCGGACAACCUGGCAGCGGCGAUUCAAGAUGCGCUAAUAUGCUUUGAAAUGCCAAUCUUCGCAAUGUCUCACUGGUACGCUUUCUCGUGGCACGACUAUGCUGAUGUUACCAUAUCCGCAGCACGGAUGCCUGUCAAGUAUGCACUUAGAGAUGCAUUCGGUCCGAGGGAUUUGAUUGAGGACACAAAGGAAACAUUCCGUGGCAAAAAGUACGAUUACCGAACUUUCGAUUCUGGUGAUAAUGUCAUCGCCCAUGAAGACUCCCACUCACGGGUCGCGAGGAUGAUGGAUGGCAUGCGUUACGAAAGAGGUGGCAAAGCUAAAUAUUGGAUUCCGAAACCCCAAGGCCCGAGUGCGAGAACACCCCUUCUGUCUGGAAAGGGCUCCUCGCGGCCACCAGCGCCAGAAGCACGGGGCCAUGCGCACGACUAUCGAGCAGCAGAACCGGAUAUUGAGGUCGGCAUGGAUGCCGAAGAUGAGCGACUUUAUACCAAUGCGAGAGCAUUAGAGUAUGGUGACUGGAAUUAUCCUGUCAUCACAGCUCACCAAGCUCGACGUGAGGACUGGCUUCGGCGCGAUCCAGGUCUUCUUACUACCUCCACAAACCGCAACCUCUUUCAGCCGACGCGAGAUAACAGAAACCGUCGCCGCAGUGAAGUUAAGCAUACACUAAGAAAAGGAAAACACAGGAGCACGUCACCGCCUCAGGAUUCAUCCGAGCAGCCGCCACCACAAGGCGGAAUAGAGUCUAAGUUGAAACGUGAUCGCUCACAAUCAUCCGCCAAGUCGGACCCGAGUCAGAUCGUUGAUCUGAUUGUCGAAGAUACCCAAGCCGAAGAUGCAGAGCGCGUUCGUGCGAGAAAAGAAGGCGGUGACACUUGGAACCGGGGUCCAGCUAAACGCUUCGUGCGCACCUACAGCAUCGACGAGGAGCAUCCUGAGGGCCAGGAAAUCCGUGAAGGCUUCGACCCUAGCUCAAUUCCUGCCAAACACCCCCCGCCUGAACGCGCUAUCGACGAGGAGGAUGAGACUCAGGACGAUGAGCAUACUGACAAUACUGCGAGAUAUGGCAGUCUUAUCGAAGAAGAUAAUGUAUGGGGCCGCUCAUGA